GCUGAUCAGAACUAGUUUAACGAAAUUGUUAGUAAAAGGAGACAUGUCGUUUAAAGAUGUUCGAGACCUCUCGGAGCAUCUGAAGCUGCUCGGCUACCCGAACAACAUACCCAUCUCCGUCCUGAACACCCCGUACGGUGGACCGGAAAGCUUCAACGCCUACUCGGACAUCCUAACGUGGCUAAUCGGUCGAUUGGAACCGUCUCUGGUUCUGCCCGGUGGCACCCGAACCGAAUCGGAACGGGUCGCAUUCGUUCGCUCGGCUACCGAAUUUCUAGUCACCAAAUCCAGCAUUAAGAUUAACCCCAGAAAACUAUACGCCAGCUCGGCAGCAGCGGCCAGCGAACUACUGAAGGUUACAUCGCUGCUGAUUGCCUCGCCGAAGGUAACAGGUGCCGACGAUGAGUCGAUCAAGUCCCACGUAGAGAUUGAUCUGUCCGAUAAAAUGGACGAUCUGAAGAAGGUUCGUGGGUUGUCGUCGGAGUUAACGAAUCGAGGUGCCACCUUGUACGAUCUGCUUCGGAAGGAACUGGUUAAUCGGGAAACACGGACGAUCCAAUCAACUCGCCCGUUAGAACUGGCUACCGUUGAGAAGGUUAUAAAAUCUGCCAUUGCCUCGCUGGAGUCCAAACUGGGCAGCUCGAAAUCCACCCUGGAGAGUUUGAACGCUGAAAACGGAAAUCUGUCAUCGAAAAUACAGCGCAAAUCUUCUGAGCUGGAGCGAUCGAAGCAACGCCUGCAGGCACUGCAAAAAGUUCGUCCGGCAUAUUUGGAAGAAUUCGAAAAGCUCGAAAUCGAACUAAAGAACUUGUACGAGCAGUACAUCAUCCGUAUUCGCUGUGUGGACGCACUGAAGUCGCAACUGAUCAGCAAGAAUCGCACCUCGACACCUACUUCACCGAUCGCUAAGAUGGUGGACAGUAGCAUGACGAUUCUGCCGGAGGGUUUGAUGGAUUCGGACGAUGAAAACGAUGACGAAAUUGAUGACUUCGACGAACGGGAGGAUGUGAAACUGAAGUCAGACAAGCGAGUGCUUCGAAGCGAGCUACUGAACAGAGAUCGUGGUUCAACACGGUUCCGUACCCGCCAUGAUGAAGGACAGGUACCGUCCUUGAGUGGUCGCGAUCGAGUUCGAAUGAUUGGUGGAAUGAACGAUGAUCUUGGCCCGUUGGAUAGUUCGCUCGGCAGUUCGGCGGAAUCGGAUAGUGACCUGGAAAUGGAAGGGAAUGGACUAAUCGACGAACUUCGUACAGAUGACGAUGAGGAGGAUGACGUGAGCUUGGCGAAACUAGCCCGGGAGAACUCUAACCUAAAUCGCAGCACCAAACAGGAUCAGAGCGAUGAAGAUUUCUAAUCUAAUACUAUUUGGUUUCUUAUGAAUU